AUGGGCUGUCAGACGUCGAAGGACGUUCUGCCCGUUGGUCCCACUGAACGACGGCCCAGCAUCAACGAGAUCUUCCUACAAGCUGCGUCCAAGCAGAUUGCCCGCGACGAGAGCGGCGUGGGCGCCGGCCGACUGCCUGCAAGCGACUCCCAUCGCGACGUCUUUAGUAUCUUUGGCGAACGCGGCAUGGCCAUUGACGUGCCUCGGGAUGCGUUAGCAUCGCCGUCGUCGAGCACGUGUCCGCCGAUCAGUCCCAGUGGCAGUGUCUUCUCCACUGCCACGACGGCUUCCGACACGGAGCGGACGCUCGUGCUGCACCGACCCGCGGGGCAGUACUUUUCGCAGCUGCGACUGAGUUUCGGUGUCUACUCGAACACGGGCGUUCGACGAGACAAUGAGGACCGACAGAUGACCACGUCGCAGAUGAUUGACGACGACCUCGUGGCGUUCUUUGGCCUGUACGACGGCCAUGGCGGCUCCGAAGUGGCCACGUACUUGGCAGGCAACUUCCACGCAAAUGUGUUCAAGUACCUGCGACAGUCGGUGAUGGCUCAAGUGGAGAAAGCACAGAGUGACCGGAACGUAGAGAUGGUCCUGAAGGAAGCGAUGCGGCGAGCGUGCGCUGCUACGGAUGAAGAGAUCAUCAAAGCGCAAUUGCCGAGUGGAUCGACGGCCGUGUCGGUGCUCGUUCGAGGCAGCACGGCGCUCGUGUCGUCGGUAGGGGACUCGCAGGUCGUGUUGUCCACAAACGGCCGGGCCACGGACAUGUGCAUCGCCCACACGCCGCAGCUUUCGAGUGAGCGCGAACGCAUCCUUGCAGCAAAGGGACAGGUGUCGAAGGGUCGGAUUUACGGUAUGCUUGGCGUCUCCCGCGCCUUUGGGGACAUUGACUUCAAAACUGGACGCGGAGAGUUCAAGAGCAGGUUCAAUGGCGACCUGGUCAGUGCUACGCCCGACAUUGUGGUGCACGAGAUCACGAGUCAGGAUGAGUUCAUGGUGCUUGGGUGUGACGGCCUCUUCGACGUGAUGAAGCCGCAAGACGUGGUGAACUUUGUGCGUACCAAGCUGGGGCUUCACGGCCACGUGCAGCACGCGACCGAGGAGCUCGUGAGCCGCGCCAUAGCGCUUGGGUCGACCGACAACGUGAGCGCCAUUAUCGUUUGCUUCAACCAAGACGAGCAAGAGGUUGCACCUGUGACGCCCAUCGAAGCGGCGCAGGCAGCGGAAGCUCAGAAGAAGCGUGGGUCGCGGUAG